AUGAAGCCUCUUCCACCACCACCGAGAGAUCGCCAGGGCUUCUCUAUCGCGAUCAUCUGUGCUCUAGAGGUGGAAUCCGACGCCGUGGAGCGCCUCUUUGACCACUUUUGGGACACCAAUAUCGAUCGAUACGGUAAAGCACCGUACGACAAGAAUUCCUAUCGAACGGGAGUGAUCGGCAAUCAUAAUGUUGUGUUAGCAUACAUGACUGGCAUGGGAAAGACUGAAUCAGCAAAAGUCGCAACAAGCUGCCGUUGGAGCUUCCUAGGCAUCCGACUCGCCUUGGUUAUUGGCGUUUGUGGAGGGGUGCCAGGGAACACUGAAGAUGGGGUAUUUCUGGGCGACAUCAUAAUCAGUGAUGAUAUCUUGCCGUACGACUUCGGAAAAAGGUACCCUGGGACAUUUCAAUGCAGAGAGCCAACAUCUCGCUCUAAUAGGGACCAUGAAGUGCAAGCCUUCUUGCGAAAGCUCAGAAGCCCACAGGGUCGCGAGGACCUACUUGAUAGGACCGAUCAUCAUCUUGUCGACUUAUGA